AUGGUUGAAGACUCCGGGAAAAUACAAUUAUUCAACAACUCGACUCUGAAUGCAACGUAUUACAUUGACUUGGUAACUGGAAGAAUUCAAGUUGGUGACACUUCUAAAUUUAUAGUUAAAAAUCGAUUGACUGGAUUGAAGUAUUCUUCAAUUUCUUUCGUAGAUAAUUCAAAAGUUGCCAUCUUUGAUAUAUUUUCUUUGGCUGAUGGCACAACGUGUGAAAUAAAAGGUAAUUCUUUAGUUGAAAUAUAUAACAGUUUUCUUAUGAAUACGUCAUCUGAUUUAACACUUGACGAUAAAUCACAAUUGAGAGUAUUUGCAGGGCAAAUUGAAUUUAAAAAUUCUAACAUUUUAAUGAAUAAAAAUUCGAUAUUAAUGAUAUUUGGAACACUCGCUUUGAAAAAUGAAACUUAUUUUGGGUUGUAUGACACGGCUUUUAUAUCAAAUCCAAGUAAGUUUGAAAUAAAUUCGGAUACAAAGUUUGAGUUUGGGAUUGCAGAGGACAUGAUGGCAAUAAAGUGUAAUGUGUUGUCGUGUUAUGGCACAUUUGUAUUUGGAAAUCGUGGAUAUAUAAGUGUGAUGAAUUCUAUUACUCUAGGAAAUACAUUUUCAGUAGACUUUUUUAAUGUUAAAAGGACAAUCAAAGAUAUUCCUUUGUUCUACACCAAAACACUUUUUAUGGACAGUUCGUCUGAUUUCUCUAAAUUUGAUUGUGAGUUUGAUUUGGCAUUUUUCAAUGGAACGAUAUCUCCAAAGACUGGCGAAAGUUUUCCAACCACAUUUAAAUUGUUAACGAAUGAUAUGUUGUUAAGAUAUGGAGUUUCAGACAAGAUAUUUUGCCAUUUGAAUGGCACUGAAAUUUCAUUGGGAAACUUUAUUGAGCCCUACUGCCCAUGUACAACCAAUUGUUAUAUCGUGCCACUUGAUACAAUCAGCGAAUUAAUAAUUACUGAUGAAUCGAAAUUGAUUAAAAGUAACAAAAAUACUCAUAAAAACAACAUAAAAUUGAUAUAG